CCCACUGCAACGAAAACCUUCGGUCCCAGUGUGCCUUAGCAACAAUAGCGAGCGACAGCAACUGCGCCUGACGAGCUGUUACAUUUUCCUCGCGUAUCAAAUAAGAUCAUACUCGCAGUUACGUGUGGGUCGCGGUAGGGAUAUAUAGCCGUACGCUGAAGAUGCCUUCGUCAGGAGAAACGACGACCCUAGCGAGCGGUCACGUGGCUGUUCCCUUGGAGGAAGACGACAUGAGGCGAAUCUACAGGAAUUUCCCCACUUUUACCGAUGGCGCCUCGAGGUUGUACCCGGGACGCUGGCUUCUCCUGAGUGGGUUUAAGGACGUGGCCGAUCGGAUUUAUAAUUUCAAGUUACGCGAAUCGGAUGUAGUGGUCGUGACCUUCCCGAAGAGCGGCACGACGUGGUCCCAGGAGGUGGCUUGGUCGAUGUUACACGACCCGGAUUUAAAGGACGCUCCUCGAAGUCAACUCAUGGAUCGACCUCCUUAUCUCGAGAUGGAAAUAGACCAAUGGCCGACGGAGGCGAAGUGCUUCGUGCCGCCGCUGUUCGAAGCCAUGUGUCCUGGAGGAGAUGCCUCGAGGGGGACCGUGGUGCAGAUGCUCGAGGUGGAGAGGGAGCCGAGGGUCAUCAAGACGCAUCUCCCUCUCUCGCUGCUCCCUCUCGAGACGCUGGACAAGGCCAAGGUGGUCUACGUGGCUCGGAACCCGAAAGACUUGGUGACGUCAUUCUACGACUACAGCAGGACGCAGAAACGACUUCGGUUCCAAGGGAGUCUGGCGGAGUUUGCCGACCACUUUAUGCGAGAUGAGUUAAGAUACUGCCCUUACUGGGAACACCUCCGUGAGGCGUGGCAGAAGAGGCAUCACCCGAACCUCCACUUCAUCUUCUUUGAGGACCUGAAGAAGGAUGCUGUGGGAGAGUACAGGAAACUUGAUGUGUUUUUGGGAUCCAAGCUGAGUGAGGAGCAGCUUGCUCGUGUGAUGGAACACACCAGCUUCUCGAGCAUGAAGGCGCGCGACGAGGCCCUGGGGAAAAACGACCAGAUUAUCGCAGAAGGAAGCUUCUUCAGAUCCGGUCAGGCCGGGAGUUGGAAGCAGAAACUCACCCAUGAUUUGGAAAGUAAAAUUGAUGCUUGGACUAAAGAAAAUGUUGCAGAUUUUGGGAGCGACUUUAAAUAUUUCAUAUCAUAAUUUUUAAACGUUAUCGGGAGAAACUGAUCAAAUAAUAAUAAUACUCAUUAUGAUAUGAAGUGAUGUGCUAUAUAUGCCUAAUGAAAAAUGAAAAAAUAUAUAUAUAUUUAUUGUUCUUGAGAUUUACUUUUAUGUAUUUGAUUUAACUGUUUUUUGUUGUAGUUUGCCACACACUCAGGAGAAAUGGUAAUAAAUGUAUAU